GCGUAUCAUUGUGUAUUCGACAGUAAUACUUCAAACAGUGACAUAUGACAUGUUUUCAUUAUAUUAAAUCCGGCCAGCGUUAAGCUGCGUUACAUUGUAAAUGUUGUGCUGCCAUCUGUUGACCUGGAGUGUGAACGUCAGUAAUAAUAACAAGAAAUGAAAACAGAUGAAAUGUUUAAAUGCGUGUUACCUAUACUAUCCUCCGCACAUAAGGAUACCACAGAUUUUCUCCCUGUCAGGAUCUUUUAGGCUAUUUUGAGCGCAACUCCUCUUAUGAAGGGCUCUGAUUUCCAUCCGCACAGGAAAUGGAAUCAAAGUCGGAGCUCUAUUGCACACAGUUUCUUAUGAUGUCUUUAACUGCGCCAAAGUUCUUAAAGACCCAGUGACAGCUGAUGCGAGUACAUUACUCUCUGGACUUCGUACGAUCACAACACACUGAGCAGCAGUUAUGGGCCGCUUUCAUUUGCAGCAGCUUACAGUAGACAUGAAUAUUAACUGGACGCCAGUGAUUGCAGCCACAGUUUGCGGUACAGGUGCAUUAUAUCUCUUCUCUAAAUGGAGAAAUAACCAGAAGAUUCAGAAGAAAAUACUAAACGCACGGAAAAGACGAGAUAAUUCACUUCAACAGGCUGAACUAGCGGUGCAACAAUUUAAAAUACAGAACCCAGACUUUAAGAGCAGCUCCAUAGUGUCUCUGUCUUUGCCUGAGCUCACCGGAAAACUCAAGGAUGGCUCCCUGCAGCCCGACGCUGUGCUUUAUGCCUUUAUGGAAAAGGCUCUGGAGGUGAACAAGACUCUGAACUGCAGCACUGAGAUUAUAAUGGAGUCUGUGGCGCAGCUGAAAGACAUCAGCACUCAAAAGAAAGGUCUUCUGUAUGGAGUGCCCAUCAGCAUCAAGGACAAUGUCGCAUAUGAGAGUCAUGACACUUCCUGUGGUGUGGUGAGCAAGCUGGACCAGCCUGCGCUCAUGGACAGUGUGAUGGUUACAGUGCUGAAGAAGCAAGGCGCCAUCCCGUUCAUCAGGACCAACAUACCACAAGGUCUUCUCAAUUAUGACUGCGGUAACCCCAUUUUUGGGCAAACCUUGAAUCCUUACAACCUUCAGAAGACCCCUGGCGGUUCAUCCGGAGGGGAGGGAGCUCUGAUCGGAGGAGGCGGCUCCAUCCUGGGCAUAGGCACUGACAUUGGUGGGAGCGUGCGUAUCCCAGCAUCCUUCUGUGGGAUUUGUGCAUUUAAGCCCACAUCAAAGAGGCUAAGUCUUCAAGGGAUCAGUUCAUGUGUCAGAGGCCAGAAAUCAGUGUUGUCCUCCGCUGGCCCUUUGGGAAGGGACGUCGAGAGCGUGGCACUGUGUAUGCAAGCGCUGCUCUGCCAGGACAUGUUCUCCUUGGACCCCACCGUCCCUCCCAUACCAUUCAACCAAGAGGUGUAUGAGAGCUCAGAGCCCCUGAGGAUUGGUUAUUAUGAGAACGACGGGUACCUGCAGUCGUCUCCAAGCAUGGCCAGGGCCGUAAGGGAGACUAAGGACCUGCUGGAGAAAGCGGGGCAUACGCUGGUUCCAUUCCAACCCCUGCAGCUCUACCAUAGCUUCCACGAGUUAGCUAUAAAAGGGAUCUACAGUGAUGGAGGCCGUACCCUUUUUUGUCAUCUGAAGGAAGGCCCCAUUGACCCGUGUCUCUGCGGUCAGGACACUGUGAUUGGCACUCCAGGUUUCAUAAAGAAGUUGAUUUCUGUGGUUCUCAAGCCUUUUUAUCCACGGAUUUCUGCAACCAUAGAUGCAAGUCUUGGAGUUGGGUCUGUGGAAGAAUUAUGGAGACUACAUGAAAAUAUUGAGCUAUACAUUCAGGAAGUGAUAGCAGAGUGGAGGAGACUGAAUGUCGACGUUUUGUUGUGUCCCAUACUUGGACCAGCCUACAAUUUCCGUUACUGCGGGAAACUCGGCAGUGUUCUCAGUAACACCGGCCUGUACAACCUGCUGAACUUUCCUGCCGGGGUCGUGCCUGUGUCUACAGUGACGGAGGAGGACGAGGCUCAGCUUAGUCACUACAAGGGUGUCCAUGGGGACGUGUGGGACAAACUCUUCGUUAAGGCAGUGAAGGGUGGCGUUGGUCUCCCUGUGGCAGUGCAGUGUGUGUCUCUGCCGUGGCAGGAUGAAAUGUGUCUGCGCUUUAUGAGAGAGGUGGAACAGCUCACAGCCAAGAACAAACUCGCCAGGAAACAUUAAUGAAUGAAAUUCUGCUGCGUAUAUCUGUGGGCUUCUAACGGUCCAGUCCCAGACCUACACUAAAUCUGUGAACCGCAGAAACAUCUAAAUAACUCACAAAUCCAAUGUUGUUCAUCAAACGUUUUAGUUCAUAUGCUGAUUGAUAUGAACAAGACUGGUACUCUAAACUCUGUAUGAUGCGUGCAUUUUAUUAACGAUUGUCCCUGUGAUUGUGUUAAAGUUUAAUGUAAUGUUCAUUUGCUGUAUUUUGAUGUCAAAAUACUUCUUAAGCCAUUCAUUGCAGUUUGUUAGCGAGUGGCAGACGGGAAGAAUCUAUGCGAAAUCAGGCUUUAUUUUUUGAAACGAGGUUUGGUGAAGAUGGUGCCGCUGAAAUUGCACACCUUUAAUAAGUAACUAUUACCUUUUGAUCAUUCUUUAUAAUGUGAAACAUGAAUGUUUGCACUCACUAUUGAAGCAAUGCAGCUUCAUCAAGUCUGAAUGAAGAUUCUGUAUCGUUUUGUAUAAUUUAAUGCCACACAAACUCAUUAAACUAAAAAUGAAUCAGA